AUGAACACACUGUUGUCUAGUAGGAGCUCCGAUAGUAUACCCGUGCCGACCGAGCCUUCUCACGCCAAAGCACACAAGCGUAUUAUCGGAACGCGCUUUAUCGUGGACGGUUUCCGCCACGCGGGGCCGUGGUCGCGAUGCUAUUUGCUCACGCACUUCCACGCGGACCACUACUGCGGCCUUUCCCCCUCUUGGCGCGCGGGGGUGAUUUUCUGCUCCCCCGUCACUGCGCGUCUCCUCUCCGAGGUGCUCGGGAUUCCCCCCGCGUGGGUGCGCGCGCUCCCCUUGCGCGCGCCCGUGGCGGUGGAUGGCGCGCGCGUGGUGCUGCGGGACGCGCACCACUGCCCGGGGGCUGUCAUGCUGCUGUUCCGCAUUCCGCCUGCAGGGGGGGACGUGGGGGGAAGCACGGCGGAGGAGCGGGGGAGGCAGGGGGGGAGAGGGCAGGGGAAGUUUCUGGCGGAAGGCAGGCGAAAGUCCAAAGAUAGCGCAAAAGGGGAGAUGGGGGGAGGAGAGAGGAUGGAAGGGGAUCCGCGAGGGGGAAAGGGGGAAGGGGAGGGGGGAUCAGAGGAGCAGGGGGAGCGGGGGGAAGUGAAGUGGCGGAGAGUGGUGCACACAGGGGAUUUCCGGCUGAGCCCAUGCAUGCUUGGGGACCCUGUGAUGCAGGCGAUGGUGGGUGCAGAUGCAGUGUAUCUGGACACCACGUACUGCCACCCGCGCCACGUGUUCCCCCCCCAGAGCGACGCCGUGCAGUAUGUGGCGCAGAUGGUGCGGAGAGUGCUGGGGGAAGGGGGGGAGAGGGGGAGAGGGAGUGAGGUAAGAGGGAGAGAGGAUGGAGGAGGAGGUGAGGGCCUGGGAGGUGGCUUGGAUGGGGGAGAGGAGGAAGGGGAGGAGGUGGGGGUUGGGGUGGAAGGAGGGGACGGGAUGGAGGGAGGGGGCGGCGAAGGAGAUAGGGGUGGAAAGAAACAUGGGGAGAACGAGGCAGAGGGAGAGGCAGAGGGCGUCAGGCAAAGGGGAUGUGGCGAGGUGAGUGGGAUCUCAAGAGCAGCAGAGGCAGCAGAUGCAGCAGACACAGUAGAGGGUUGUACAGGGAAAGCAGCAGGCACAGAGCAGGGUGUCGAUUCCAUGGAUGUUGCACAAGGGAGAGGAGUCAGAGCGGCAACAGCAGCAGCGGCAUCAGUGGCGGCGGCAUCAGCAGAGGAGCAGCAGCGCAAGCCACACAGCAACGACCGAGUGCUAAUCCUCGUAUCCACCUACGUGAUAGGCAAAGAGAAACUCCUCCUCUCCACAGCCUCCCACUGCCACACCCGCAUUGUCGUUGACCCAGCCAAGCUCAACACUCUCCGCUCCCUCGACCUAACCCCAGCAGAACUCGCAGUGUUCACCACGGAUCCUGCGGCCAGUCCCGUGCAUGUGGUGCGCUGGGGGGUUCUGGGGGACGUGUGGCCGUUCUUCCGGCCGAAUUGGCGGAAUAUGGAGCGGCUGGGUAGGGAGCGGGGGUGUGGGAGGGUGGUGGGGGUGGUGCCGACUGGGUGGAUGUAUGAGAUGAAGCGGGAAGGGUUUCCGGUGAGGAGGAAGAGUGUGGUAGUUGGGGGAGAGGAGCGGGGUGUGAGUGUGGAGGCAGAGGAGGGGGCGGUGGGUGUGGGGGGAGAGGAGGCGGGGUUGGAUAUGGGGGAAGUGGGCGUGGGCAUGGGCACGGGAAAGGAGACGGGAGGGAUGGAGGCGUUGGAAAAGGGUGUGAGCAUGAGCAGCAGUGGUAUGGUAGACGGGAGGGACAUGGGCAUGAGUGAUGGGGGUAAGAGCAUGCGGGAAGACCGCAGCAGCAGGGGCAUGCGCAUGGACCUGGAGAUUCACCUGGUGCCAUACAGUGAGCACUGCAGCUUCUCUGAGCUGCGCUCCUUCCUCUCGUUCCUGCGCCCCCACCGCAUCAUCCCCACUGUCAACACGGGUGAGACAGCACGCCCCGGUACAAAUCAGCUGCAUCAUCUGAGAGGUUUGGUGGAUGAGUCGGCAUGUAAGCAGCGGUUUUUGGCUGGGUUUGGAAGGCGGAGAGAGGGGCGAGGAGGGGUGGUGGUGGGGGGAGAGAGUGAGGGAGAAGUGGAGAGAGGGGGUGGGGGUGUCGGAGGGGGAGAGGAAAGGGGGGGAGGAGGUGAGGGUUUGGGAGGGUGUAUGGUUGAGUCAGGUUGGGAGGAGAGAGGAGAGGAAAAGAUAGAAGGUGAGGGAGAGGAGGGCGGGGAGAUGAGAGAGGAGAAAAAGGGGCAAGCAGAGGGGUUGUUCUCUUUGGAAAGAGGUGCUGGUGAUGUGUGUGGUGAGGGGAAGGCGGAGAGAAUGGAAGAAAGGGAGGGUGGAGGGGAAGUGUGCGGUGGUAAGGGUGGAGGGUGUGUGGAGGAAUUGGACCAGGCGGGUCCUGCUGAUGUGGCAACGUUGCACGACGAUGUGGCGGUUUCUGACGGGCUACUACCAGCCGCGAAGCGGCGGCGGUUGGAGCCGUGUGGGGCUGGUAGCGACAGCAACGGUGAUGUUACGACUUGCACAAGCACGAGGUCAGGCACAAAGACUGGGACAAGGCCAGGCGAGUCAACAACACCCUGCGCACCGGCGCCCAGUUUGACGCCUGGUAAGACACCCAUUACAGGGCUCAGUGUAAGGCCUGACACAAGGCCAGGUGCAACGCCUGGCAGUCAGGCCAAACAAAGCACACGCAUGAGAGGGUCGAGAGGAGGAGGGGGAGGUGGGGGAGGAGGGGCGCGUUCCAGGUCCCGGACAGAGGCAGGAAGGAAAUCCGUGGGCAAGCAGCAGAGAGGAGGGGGUGCGGCGGUGGCGAGGGUAGGGGGCAUGCAGCGAAGCAUCAAGCACUUCUUUGGCUCCUCCUCAGCAGCAGCACCAUCGUUACCGUGCUCAGUUGACACAGUGGGGCUGGAACGUGCAGCAGAGGAGUGCAGUGCGGUGCAGAUGGUGACCAGCACGCCUCCUGCUGCUACCCAGCCUCUCACCACCGCUCAAGUUAAUGGCUCCUCUGAUCACCCCCCUUCGCCCGUUCGUCCUGCUGCUCCUGCGCGGCUGCGUGCGGAGGGGUGCAGUGCGGUGCAGAGGAUGGUGGCGGUGGGGCUGCCGGGGCUGACGGCUGCAGUGGCGGUGAGGUUGCUGAAGGCGCAUGGGGGGGAUGUGGGGAGAGCCAUGGAUGCCUUUCUGAUGCAUGUGGAGGGCGCGGGGGGAGGGGCAGGGAGCAGGGGAGAGGGAGGAGCAGGGGGAGGAGCAGGGGUAGGAGUGGGAAGAGGAGAGGGGGAAGUGGGAGAGGGAGGAGAGGAAGUGGGAGGAGCGAGAGAAAGAGAAGCAAGAGAGGGAGAGGGAAGAGCAGGAGAGGGAGAGGGAAAGCGAGGAGAGGGAGAGGGGAAGGGAGGUGAGGGAGAGGGGGGGACAGGAGAGGGAGGAGAGGGAGAGAGAGGCGCGAGAGAGGGAGGAGAGGAUGAUAGGAAGUGUUUAGAGGAGGAGCGAGGGGGAGCUGAAGGGGUUGGAGAGAAGGCGCUAGCGGGGUGGGAGGAGGGAGCGGCAGCGCCCUACAUGCAUCUGGCAGUGGCGUUCGAUGCAGUGGAGAGGGAGAGUGGGCGCAUCAAGUCAAGCGACAUUCUCACCAACACCUUCAGAAGCCUCUUGGCACUCUCGCCCAAUGACCUGCUGCCAGCCGUCUACCUCUGCACCAAUCGCAUCGCUCCCGACUUUGUCAAUGCUGACCUGAACGUGGGAGGGGGUACUGUGGCUGGUGCCGUGUGUGAAGCAACAGGCAUGAAGAGGCAGCAGCUGCGACUCAUGUACACACGCAUGGGCGACCUUGGCGAUGUGGCUCACGCAUGCCGCUCCUCUCAGCGCUUGCUGCGCGCCCCCCAGCCCCUCACCAUCCACCGCCUAUUCCAUGCUCUGCGCGCCCUCAGGUGA